CUAUUUCGUUGAAUGGGUAGUUACCAUCUGUACUGCCCUUUUCUUGGAAAGCCAAAAGUAGAAAGAUGGACGAGGAUUUAUAUGACGAAUUUGGUAACUAUAUAGGACCUGAGAACGAAGAUGAGGAACUGGACGAAAUUCCUCAAGUUCCCAGCCCUUCCGUUGCUCAAGUGCCUGGUUUUGAGGCUGAGAUGGAAGAAGAGGAUUUAGAGGAUGUUGAGCGCGUUGAAAAAAUGGCACUUAAUCUUGCAGAACCCCAAAACGCAGUUGUUUUGCAUGAGGACAAGCAGUACUAUCCGAGCGCUGAAGAGGUUUAUGGUCCUGAGGUUGAUGUUGUCGUACAAGAACAAGAUACUCAACCUCUAACGCAGCCUAUUAUUGAACCAAUUCGUCAGAAACGCGUCGCGAUCGAGACGAGCAAUGUGCCCGAUACGGUCUAUAAGAAAGAAUUUUUAUACGAUAUUUUGAGUCAAACUGAUGAUGUACGAACUUUUAUCAUUGCUGGUCAUCUUCAUCAUGGCAAAACCGCAUUAAUAGAUUUGCUGGUAUACUACACGCACCCAGACACGAGAUCACCAAAACGAAGGUCUCUCCGCUAUACAGAUACCCACUAUCUCGAACGCCAAAGGGUCAUGUCUAUUAAGAGCACCCCAAUGACCCUAGCUGUACAAAAUAUGCAAGGAAAGUCUUAUGCUUUCCAAUGUCUAGACACACCAGGUCAUGUUGACUUUGUCGAUGAAAUUGCUUCUCCUAUGGCCGUAGCUGAUGGCGUCGUUAUUGUUGUUGAUGUUAUUGAAGGGAUUAUGGUCAAUACCACGAGAGCUAUACGACAUGCUGUCAUUCAUGAUAUGCCAAUCGUAUUGGUCUUGAAUAAAAUUGAUAGAUUGAUUUUGGAGCUUCGUCUUCCUCCCAACGACGCAUAUCAUAAGUUACGACAUGUUAUUGAUGAAGUUAAUGACAGUAUUUGUCAAAUUAGUAUGGAUCCCAAACAUCGAGUCUCUCCUGAACUCGGUAAUGUGUGUUUUGCUUCAUUUGAUUUAGGAUAUUGCUUUACGCUUGCCAGUUUCGCUAAACUGUACCUGGAUAAAAAUGGAAAACUAGACCUUGAUGAUUUUUCAAAACGGUUAUGGGGUAAUAUUUAUUUCGAUAGAGAAAGCAGAAAAUUUACAAAGCUUUCGACUGGUAUUCGGAGCUUCGUGUACUUUAUUUUAGAGCCUUUGUACAAACUCCACACACUCAGUAUAUCCGAUGAACAGGAAAAAUUAAAGCGACAAUUACGUUCUUUAAAUAUUUUCUUGAAACCAAAAGACUUUUUGCUUGAACCUAAACCAUUUUUGCAGCUUGUUUGUGCUUCGUUUUUUGGAUUCCCAACUGGUUUAGUUGAAUCUAUUGUGCGACACAUCCCUUCUCCUCGAGAAAAUGCUAGCCAUAAAGCAAAUCAAUUUUACACCGGCCCUGUAAAUUCAUCCAUUGGUGGUUCUUUAACGUCAAUGAACCGUGAGGACUCAACCAUGAUUGCUCACGUUACGAAGCUAUACAAUACUGUUGAUGCAAACAACUUUUAUGCUCUCGCACGUAUUUAUACAGGAAAAGUAAGAAAAGGGCAAAAGGUUCAGGUAUUAGGAGAAAAUUAUUCCGUUGAAGACGAAGAGGAUAUGGCAAAAGCAUAUAUUGAAGAAAUUUGCUUACCCGGUGGAAGGUAUCGCGUACCCAUUGAAGAAGCAACAGCUGGAAUGCUUGUCCUUUUGGCUGGCGUAGAUAACUCUAUCAGUAAAACAGCUACAAUCGUAUCAGAAGGAGUCCAAGAUGAUUUAUACAUAUUCAGGCCACUAGCGCACAUGUCGGAAAGUAUUUUUAAAGUUGCUGUGGAACCGUAUAAUCCGUCAGAAUUACCAAAAAUGCUUGAUGGGCUUCGAAAAAUCAAUAAGAGCUAUCCUCUUGCAAUUACAAAGGUAGAAGAAUCUGGUGAGCAUACGAUUUUCGGAACUGGUGAAUUAUAUAUGGACUGUCUUUUGUACGAUUUACGGGUAUUGUAUUCUGAAAUUGAAAUUCGAGUUUCGGAUCCAGUAGCUCGCUUCUGUGAGACAGUAGUUGAUGUUUCAAGCUUGAAAUGCUUUGCUGAGACACCAAAUAGGAAGAAUAGGUUAUCAAUGAUCGUUGAACCUUUAGAAAAAGGAAUAGCAUCCGACAUCGAAAAUGGCCAUGUGAAAAUAAAUUGGCCUCAAAAACGUACAAGCGAAUUUUUCCAACGACAAUAUGAUUGGGAUCUUUUAGCAUCUCGUUCUAUAUGGGCUUUCGGGCCUGAUGAUCGGGGUACAAACAUAUUGCGCGACGAUACCCUAGAAAUGGAUGUCGACAAGAAGACACUGGGUCAGGUUAAAGAAUUUAUCAAACAAGGAUUUCAAUGGGGAACAAGAGAAGGACCUUUGUGCGAUGAAACUAUCCGUAAUGCAAACUUUCGGAUUAUGGAUGCCGUUUUAGCUCAAGAGCCAAUUUAUCGAGGUGGAGGUCAAAUUAUUCCUGUGGCUCGAAGAGUCUGUUACUCAUCAUUUUUAACUGCUUCACCAAGGUUGAUGGAGCCUGUCUAUAUGAUUGAAGUACAUACACCUGCUGACUGCUUACCAGUUAUUUACGAUCUUUUAAUGCGCCGUCGUGGACAUGUACUUCAGGAUGUACCCCGUCCUGGCUCUCCUCUAUAUUUAGUUAAGGCCUUAAUACCUGUCAUUGAUUCUUGCGGUUUUGAAACAGAUUUGAGAGUCCAUACCCAAGGUCAAGCUAUGUGUCAGCAAGUAUUUGAUCAUUGGGAGAUUGUUCCUGGGGACCCAUUAGAUAAAUCGAUUAAGCCUAGACCUUUGGAGACUGCUAGGGGAGCUGAAUUGGCGAGGGAUUUCUUGGUAAAGACCCGCAGAAGAAAAGGUCUUUCAGAGGACGUGGCUAUUACUAGAUAUUUCGACCAGGAAAUGAUUGAUUCACUUAAAGACGCAGAUGUUGUUCUCUCUCUCUAAAAAAAACGGAUUAUUAGAUGACUAUGUAGUUUGAAAAAUGCUUCAGUCUUUACUAAUUUUGAAAGACAAGGUUUGGUUGGUUUCAGUUUUAUUUUUAAAAGACAGAUGGGGCAGUGAAGGAAUGAACAAAUAAUUACUAUUUUAAUUAUCUAAAUUAUAAUUUUGGAGAAUAGAUGCUUGU